ACAUAGUCGCAAUAAGGAAGCUGAGAGAGAAUUAUCGAGCGAUGAUCCAAAUGCUCGUGAGCCAGACGAGGUGUCGCCUUUGUGGCUGGGAACAAGUUGAAGUUGAACAUCCGCGUUUGGAAGGGCUUGUUCGGCGAUUCGGUCCAAGCUGUGGAGGCCACAGGUAAAUAGGCGACAAUUUUGUCAGGCGCUGACGCCGGCGACACCGCGCGCGCGUCUCAUCAACACAUACCGGUCCACCGUCUCUGCCCACCAUGGCGGCACGAAAACUACAGACCGAGAUCGACCGCACCUUGAAGAAGGUCGCGGAGGGCGUCGAGCUGUUCGAGGGCAUAUACGACAAGAUGCAGGCGUCGACGAACCAGACGCAGAAGGAGAAGCUCGAGCUUGACUUGAAGACGCAGAUUAAGAAGUUGCAACGGCUACGAGACCAGAUCAAGACCUGGGUCGCGAGCAACGACAUCAAGGACAAGUCCCAAUUGCUGGAGAACCGUAGGCUCAUCGAGACGCAAAUGGAGAAGUUCAAGGCCUGCGAGAAGGAGAUGAAGACGAAGGCCUUCUCCAAGGAGGGCCUAACACAAGCCGCGAAACUCGAUCCGAAGGAGCAGGAGAAGGAGGAGGCGAUGCAGUGGCUGCAGUCCAUGGUGGAGGAGCUGCAGAUGCAGGUCGAGGCCGCGGAAGCGCAGGUCGAGGCGUUGCAAAGUACGGGGAAGAAGAAGAAGGCCUCAAACACGGCGGGCCGGAUGGAGGAGCUCGAGCAGCUGAACGAUCGCAGAAAGUGGCACAUCAGCCGACUGGAGAUCAUAUUACGACUGCUCAACAAUGGCUCUUUGACGACGGACCGGGUCAAUGCGUUGAAGGAUGAUGUGCAGUACUUCGUGGAGAGCAACACGGAAGAGGACUUCGACGAGGACGAGGGCAUCUACGAUGAGUUGAGACUCGACGAAGAGGAAGAGAAGUUCGGCUUGUUGAAUGACGAGGAUGACGCAUCGGAAUCGGCCAGUGAAGACUUGCCGCCUCGAACACCCGUCAAACACAAGCACGAGAAGGAGAAAGACAAGGAGAAAGAUGUCGAGCACAAGCGCGAGCAGGAGAGUCCGGUACUCAAGAAGGCGAACAUCUCAUUACGAAAACCUUCUGUCGAUGCCAAACCUCCUCCGAACUUUGUGCAACAACCCAUGUCGAGCAUAUUAAAGGCAGGCCUGUCCACGACGCAACCGGCACCGCGCCCACCAGCACAACUUCCGCCAAUAAAGUACGCGCAGAUGGCAGCGCAAGCGGUAAACCAGUCAACCCCGUCAACGGCACAACCCACGACCACACCGUCAACAAGCACAACAACGGUAUCAGCAUCGCAAUCGACACCGCAAACUGCGCCUUCACAAUCGCCGUCAAUACCACCAUCGACGUCGGACCAGCAGUCGCACGCGCCGUCAUCGCCUAGCUUCACGCACCCGUCCGUGACGAGUCCAAUGAUGUCCUCGGCGGCCUCAGUAUCACAAAUACCGGAUGGGUCUUUGGCCUCAGAACAACAAUCACCAUCGUUGUCAGAAGCUGUUGCGCCUAGCUCAAGAAGCGGUUCCGCUGCCGCCGCAUCACCGCAAAAGUUGACUGCGACGCGGAAAGAAUCCGUAUCAUCUGAAUCUCAGGCGGCACCUGUGGCACCUCCAGGCGUCACUCCACCUGCGGACACGACGCAGACGCAACAGCUUCCUGCCUCCACAUCAAACGGCGGUCCCGCGACGUCACCGCUGCCGCAACAGCUGCAGGCCUCCGUCACGCCGGCAACACCAGGCGCAGGCGCGACUGCAUCCCCUGCACCGAUCGGCGCGCAGCCUGUCGUUCCUCCUGGCGUCAAGCCGCCCACAUCGCAGAGCGAGGGCAUGCUCGCGCCGCCUCAGCCGGGCCAGCAGACGCAACAGCAGCAGCGCAACUUGACUUCGCUGUCGGACCUCGUUGUCUCGUACGAGAACGCGAAGCAGAAGGCGAACGUGCGGAUGUCGAACUUGGACCAGGUGCACAAGAUGCUGGAGGGCGGGUACAGCAACCUGCCCCAGCCGGCGGAUACGGAUAAGCCGAAGUACUAUGUGCCCAGGAACCCUUACCAGACGCCGGCGUACUACCCGCAAGUACCGCAUCCGUACCUCAGCACGCCGCGUGCGUUCACCAAUAUGGACGUAGAGACGCUCUUCUACGUCUUCUACUACCUCCCAGGGACUUACCAGCAGUUCCUCGCUGCCAGGGAGCUCAAGCGGCAGUCGUGGCGCUUCCAUGUCAAGUACCUCACGUGGUUCCAGCGGCACUCGGAACCGCAGGCGAUCACGGAGGAGUACGAGCAGGGCGUGUACGUGUACUUUGACUGGGAGGGCUCGUGGUGCCAGCGCAAGAAGAGCGACUUCCGGUUCGAGUACAGGUACCUUUCCGAGGACUAGGUACUUAUCUCGUGGGGUGCGAGCUCGAGAUCCUCAGCAGGGGUUUAUUGGUCUCCCUGGUGGGGUAUAUUGUUGUGCGCGGAGCAAGGGUCUCUGGACGCUGUAUUUCGACUCCGAUAUGUCUAUAUUGUUUUUAUUGCCUACUGCCUUGAGCGCAACGUACUGCGCAAUGAAGAUCGUCUUACUGUUCC